CAAUCCAACGCAAAGCCAAUAAUUUCCUGCAAAAACCAACUACUGAAGUCUGAAGAUGCAUGCUGCCAUGGAUUCUACUCCCCCAUCUCAUCAAUCGGGUCCCCGUCUACGAAGAAAAUCUGUUUCUCCUCUCCCUCCAAUCGGGGUUUUAGGUGUCGAAGCCGAAAAUCUCGCUCCUGAUCCCAUUCCCUCCACUUCUCCACAACCUAAGAAAACUCCUUCGCCCUCUCGUCUCUCUCUGAGAUCCUCCACCAACUCUCUUCCUCUUCAAGAACUGUUACUCCUUUCUCCUUCCCCUCUUCGACGAUCCAGAACCCGGCUCCUUGAAAGAACGGAAAUGGCGGAAGAAGUCCUUGAGCCGGUAAGCCAUCGCAGAAGAUGCAAGAGCAGAGCUGCUUCCAUGGCUCUGUUGGCAUGUCCUUCCCCAAGAAACGCAAGGAGGACUCGGAAGCGAAUGGAACUAGAGAUCCGAGAAGAAAGGGAUGUGGGUCUGGGAGAUGAGGUUGGGAAACCAAGGAGAAGAAAACAGAGUAAUCGAUCUCGAAGGGAGAAUCUAAGUCUAGUCCCUUUAGUUCCUUGUUCAAGCUUAUCCCCAAGAAGCAGCGAUGAAGAUCAAAGUAGCUUAGAUCGUGUUGGGCAGCUGAUAUCCGACCUUAUUAUGUGGAAGGAUGUUGCCAGAUCAAGCCUCUGGUUUGGGUUUGGGUCCCUCUGUUUCCUGUCUUCUUGUUUUACAGGAGGAUUGAGCUUUAGCCUUUUCUCCGUGGUUUCCCAACUUGGUCUUUUGUUUUUAGGUUUAUCAUUUUUCUGCAAUUCAUUAUCCCAAAGAAACAAGGAAUCCAAGAAGCAGGACUUCAAGCUGAAAGAAGACGACAUUAUACGGGCUGCUCGAGUGAUCCUUCCUGCUGCAAACCUUGCUAUUGCUAAGACCAGAGAAGUCUUCUCAGGAGACCCAUCAAUGACUCUAAAAGUAGCACCCAUACUCUUAUUCGGAGCUGAAUAUGGCCACUUCAUAACCAUAAGGAAACUAAUUGCAAUUGGAUUUUUUGUAAGCUUCACUGCCCCCAAGUUCUAUUCUUGUUACUCUGAGCAGAUAAAUAAAAAAGUUGAGUACUUGAGAUAUUGUGUAUGGGACGCAUGGGGAGCUUGCUCUCACAAGAAGAUUGUGGCAGCAUCAGCAGCUACAGUCUUUUGGAAUCUGUCUUCUGUGAAGACCCGUGUUUUAGCAGCAUUUAUUUCUGUAGUAACAUUCCGAUACUAUCAACAACACAUGCAAGCGGAAGCAGAAGAAGAAGAAGCGGAUGAACAGAGACAGCAGCACCAGGCUUUGGUGGUUGCCGAAAAGGGAUCACCGAAGUAGGAGUUUAGCUUGUUGUAGACCACAUUAAAUAAUU